ACCAUGUUAAACAGACGCUGUGGUCCUCUUGAAUUGCGCGGGAGCCUCGUGGUUGAGCUUUCAUCCACACAAUAAAACGCGCUCUAGUUUUUCUUCUUACUGUUAACACAGAUAACAGAUAGGGUUUUUUCCCUAGCUCAGUGUUUGGAUAAAAUGUAAUUACGCUCAUGUUGGCAUGUACGGCUGGCACGACGCCACAAUGAGAUCAGUUCAGUCUGCUGCUGUUACCGUUUUUACAUCGGAUUUAUAUUUGAUGUGGAUAUUGUUCACUAUAUCGAUAACAACAAUCAAAGCAGGUCUGGAGCGCAGGCCUUCAGAAGACUGUCCACUGGGUCACUUUCCUUGUGGCAAUAUGAGCAUCUGUCUGCCACAGGUUCUGCACUGCAACGGCCAAAACGACUGUCCCAAUGGAGCUGACGAAGACAACUGUGGAGAUAACAGUGGCUGGGCAGAUCUCUUCGACCGGACUUUUAAAAGGGUUCAUCCACAAGAUCUUGCUACAGACUGCCAAGUGGAGCAGUACCCUGAUCGCUGCCGGUGCAUUAACACUGAGAUCCACUGUGUGCAUGUCAGCUUGAGAUCCAUUCCACAGGUGUCAUCGAAUGUUACCUCCCUGUCGUUGAAGAGCAACAAGAUUUGCGUGCUACCCGAUGAGGCUUUCAUCAAAUACAUAAAACUACAGAGGCUGUUUCUCCAGGAUAACUGCAUUAGUACUGUUUCCAUUCAUGCUUUUAGUGGUCUAUAUAAGCUGCAAAAACUAUCUUUGAGCCAGAAUUGCAUCUCCUUGCUAUCUCCUGGAGUGUUCAGCGAUCUUCAUAAACUUAAGUGGUUGAUUUUGGAUGACAAUCCCAUAACAACAAUUACAGCCAACACAUUUACUGGCCUGAGUUCCCUCUUCUUCCUGUCAAUGGUGAACACCUUUCUAGAGCAGCUUCCACCCACCAGACUCUGCAGCCAUAUGCCCUUUCUCAGCUGGCUGGAUUUCGAGGGAAACUGUAUUAAAACUUUGGGCUUGUCAACUUUACUCAGUUGUGAACAUCUGACUGUGCUGUCACUGAGAGCCAACCUCAUCAAGAGUCUGCCAGAGAACACCUUGUCUCUGCAUACGAUGGAAGACCUGGAUCUGUCCAGUAACUUAAUAAAGGAACUUCCAGUCAGUAUAUUCAAGGAUUUACCCUCAUUGCAGAUUCUGAAUUUGUCCCAAAACCCACUGGACCAUAUCCACCCAGGCCAGUUUAAGCCCCUAAUUCAGCUCCAGUCUCUGGGCCUGGAGGGAGUGGAGAUCCCAAAUAUCCAGACAAGCAUGUUCCGCCCCAUGUAUAACCUCUCCUACAUAUAUUUCAAGAAGUUCCAGUACUGCUCUUAUGCCCCACAUGUCCGAAAGUGUAAACCGAAAUCAGACGGGCUCUCGUCUUUUGAAGAUCUGCUUGCUAAUGUGGUUCUUCGUGUCUCCGUGUGGGUCAUGGCUUUUAUCACCUGCUUUGGAAACCUCUUUGUCAUCGGGAUGCGGACAGUCCUGCGGGCUGAGAACAACCUGCAUGCUCUCUGCAUCAAGGUUUUGUGCUGUGCAGAUUGCCUGAUGGGGGUCUAUCUUUUUUUUGUGGGGGUCUUUGAUGUGAAGUUCCGUGGCGAGUACAACAAGAAUGCUAAGCUGUGGAUGGACAGCCUGGAGUGUCGUAUCAUCGGCUUUCUGGCUAUGCUGUCCUCUGAGGUUUCCGUCAUGAUGCUCACUUAUCUGACCAUGGAGAAGUUCCUAGUCAUUGUUUUUCCUUUCAGCCACCUGCGACCGAGCAAAUGUCAAACAUUUACCAUUUUAACCUCUAUAUGGCUGCUGGGUAUCUCUAUAGCUGCAGUGCCUCUGCUUAAUGAGGAGAUGUUUGGGAAUUAUUACGGACACAAUGGAGUGUGUUUCCCUCUUCACUCUGAAGGUCUGGAAAAGCCCAUUGCAAAGGGAUAUUCCACUGGAAUUUUUCUUGGACUUAACCUGGUGGCCUUCCUCAUCAUUGUCGUGUCCUACUCCAGCAUGUUUUACUCCAUCUAUAAGACUGGCAUCAAUGCCACAGAGCUGCGUGGACGGCUGCACAGGGAUGUGGCAAUGGCGCACCGCUUUUUCUUCAUCGUGUUCUCUGAUGCCCUCUGCUGGAUUCCCAUUUUCCUGGUCAAAAUCCUCUCCCUGCUGGAAGUUAAGAUACCAGGAACAAUAACGUCUUGGGUAGUGAUUUUUGUCCUCCCCAUCAACAGUGCCUUGAAUCCCAUCCUGUACACUCUGACCACCAGUUUCUUCAGAGAGCAGGUGGAACUUUUAUGGUGUCGGUGGCAUAGACAGCCAAGACUCAGACAGGACCGCAAGAGCCUCACCAACUCUGUUAUACACACUGACCCCUCAAGGUCUUCUUUCUACCAUCACAGCUACAACCCACAGACAUCUAUUUUAGACAAAGAUGGCAGGUACAGGUGAAGAUGUUCUAUAUUAUGGAAGUUGCAUUUGUCUGUAGUGGAUCUACAGAGUUUUUGGAGUGAUAGAGCACAAUGACAAUAUCUUGGUAAAGCCUCUUCACUGAUGAAUAAUCGUGGAUUGUGAUCAGAUGCUAUAAUGAAGGCGGUCAUUAGAUAUCUAAAGAUAUUAUGGUUGGACAAUAAUAAAAAAAGCAUUAAGAUUAAACAUAAAGUGCAAGGUAUCCUGACACUGUGCUCUCACGUUACAUCAUAAACGGCGUUUAAAAUGAAUGAAUCCGUUAUAAACUUGCUAGUCCAUUUCAGAUCAUAAACGGGUCUGUUUUAUGAGAUGUGUCUUAAGACACAAUUGUCUUAUGUUUGGUUGACUUUUAAACUGCAACAGCCAACAGUGGGCAUAUAUUUGUAUUUUGCAUAUGUAUAUGUUGAGUUGUUCCUUUUUUAUAGUGUAAAUGUAUAUUAAGUGACAAAAAAAAAAGUCAGAUCCCAACAAAUGUUGCAUGUUGUUUUCUCUGGAAAGAAAAUAUUGCAUUUUAAUUAUUUGACAUUUGU